AUGCUACGAAGCGCUGGUAUGGAGUUCAAGGGCCCUACAUACCCCCCUCUAAAGCUAUCUAUUACUUCGUUUGAUGCUUAUACAUUGGCAAGACUAUGGGACAAUUUAGGACUUAUAGAAGAAAAUAAAGAGCAUUUUAUCAAUGAUAAUUUUGAACUUUUGGAGUUGACUAUUGUCAGCUCUAUCUUUGAAGAAAUAACUUCCAAUAAAGCUUAUAGCUAUGAAGGAACUUUCAUACCUACCAUACAAUUACUCACCAUCAUUGUUUAUAACUUGGAUAGGAAAGAAUCCCUUCCUUAUGAUUUGAUUCGAAGAGUGGCCUUAAUUAACUCAAGGGUAUUCAAUUUAACUAGAACGGAUUACCGAUUGCUUGGAGAUGCACUUUUCAAAUGUAUAUUUGAGUUGGGGAUUAAACGUCACUCAUUAUCCAGGACUAAAGAUUUUGCUCCCGCUUCGUCUGUUCCUUCAUCAAGCCCUUCGUCUCGUAACGUUUCCCUUUCUUUAGCCAAUGCUAGUUCGUUUCGCAGUCCUGAUUCAGUAUAUUCUAAUCCAAGAGAUAUCACGGGUCAGGCAUUCACAGCAGAUUCCAUUUCAAUAUCUUCAUUCAAAAGCAAUUAUACUUCUGCCGUGACAUCAUGCAAACCAAGCACAGUGACUAAGACAACCAGUAUUCUGUCCUUACCAGACGAGAAUGAAUAUGAUGCCAAUGUUAAAAAUAGUCACCGCUACUACUGUGAGAAUGAUAUGGACACAACAGCAUAUGGCGACGAUGAAGACGAUUAUGAUCACCAAGAUGACAACGACGAUGAAAAUGACGAUGACGAUGAAGACAUAUAUUCACUUUCCUCGGUAUCAGUCAUGUCGGAAAGGACACAAUUUACAGACCCAAUUGACCGUUCACCAAGAGGCCAGCAGGUAUUUUGUCGCUUUUAUGCUGCUAUAGCAUCGUAUCUCUUUGACAUGGACAAAUACGAUCCCAUAUUGGAAUUCAAUGAAAGAAGAGACUCUUUCGACACUAUUAGCUCAGAUACGGAGUUACAUACGCUUAGUCAAACUUCAGAUGACUCAUAUUGGCAACAUGGACCAUUUGUACAUUUAAAUGGCACAGCAACGGCGACUACUGAGUUACCACUUACAUCUCAAGAGGUCAAGAAGUUUGCAGAGUCACAUCCAGUGAUAUCUCUGGAUAGCUCUGAAGAUGAAGAUGAAGAUGAGUUUGAUUUUAUCAGCAUCUUCAACGGAGGACCGCUGGAGAGGAAGGCGACAAAAGUGAACACUGUUACCACCACUACCACUACUGAUUCAUCGUCAUCUAAACGACAGCUGAAAUUCUUUGGCAAGAAACAUCGAGAGUCCUUGGGAACAGUAUUAACUAAAGUAAGCUCUAGAGCCAGUGGAGCAGGGAAAGAUGAUUGCACUAUUGUAUAA